AUGUCCUCACCCUUCAACACUACCUCCCACCGCUUCAAAUCCUUCUGCCAGGCAAACAAUGAUAUCUCCACCCCGCCGAGCAUGGACACGCGCUCUGGCCACAUUCCGGAGACGGUCGACAACAUCGUGACUGCUCGAGCCAAUGGCACCCAUCGUUCGGCCGGCGAGGUGAAAUUGCAAUGUUGCUGUGGCAGACCAGAAUGCGCCUAUUUGGAGAACAACAACACCCUUCUGGGUGGAAUAGAGCGAGAUCUAGAGACCGCUGCCAGACUCGGUCAGGCACUUCUCAAUCGCCACGAGUCUUAUGUGAGCGAAUCGCAACUCGAACAUGAGCGCCUCACGGCCUAUAUCGAUCAAUUAGAAAAAGAAAGGGCAAAUCUACAAACCAAGAAUGAGAAGAUUGUCGGAGAAAAUCGCGAACUGCUGAACCAGCUCGAAGCAGCUAAUACUUCACUGAAGGAUAGUGAUAACCAUGUCAAGAGUCUUGAGGCGCUGCUCCGAGACUGCGAGCUGGAGGUCCGGAGGUUGAAUGGUCUCUCUCGACGGACGGAAGAGCUGGAGCUCAAGAUCUUGGAUAUGGAGAAGGAUCGAUCCAUAUUGUCGCAAACGGUUGAGGAUUCCAAGGACGAGACCCGAAGCACGAUUAAACGAUGGAAGGAGAGCGAAAUCAAAAUUAGACAACUUGAGUACGAAGUCCAAAAGAUCGAAUGGGAAGCAAAACAGGAGAAAGAACGACACGAAGAAAUCGUCGCUCGACUGGAGCGCGAACGCGUACUGGAAAGAGAAUUGGGCGGUGCCGAAGGCAGACUGAAAAGUGCCGCUGCACUACAAACACUCAGUGGGAAAUCAUCGGGGACGAACGUUGUCAGCCAUUUUGUUCGAGACAUCCUCAAGGACAACGCGAACCUUCAGGCUGGUAUCACUGAGUUGAGGGAAUUGUUGCAAGCUUCCAACGAGGAGGUACAAAAUCUUAGAGAGCAGAUUCUUCAACACCAACCGGUGGAAUAUGACAAUCCUCCGGAAGGAGUAUCAAGAUCUCUUCCAUUGAGUGAACAACUCGGCUGGUCUGAACCUUCAUCGAAACAAAUACAACAAGAAGUUCAUGUCCAUCAUCACUACCACGCGAAGAUUGCUGGGAAGCGAGAGCGUACACCGACGGUGCGGAAGUCUUCACGCAAAAGAGCGGUUCUGGGACUUGGUACGCUCCCAUCGACUUCAGGGUCUUCCGGUCCGACAACGCCCGUCGCCGGGCCACAUCGUUACGUCUCCAGUCCAAUCCUACCUAUCACACUUCAUCAACCCCGGGCAAGACGUAAUUGUUGGUCAGUACAGUCGGCUGCGACUGGGUCUUCCAUGAUUUCGAGUUUCCCUAGCUCUCCGAGAUCGUAUUAUGAGCGGAACAGCUCCAUCUUUGAUCGAUUGGAUGCGGGCGACGAAUCUUCUAGACCAACUAGUCCAGAGUCGGCGGCGGGAUUCGUCGAGCCAUUGUUCGGUGGGAGAAGUCGAAAAGUUCGAGCGGAUGAGGGACCAGCCGAUGUCCUGGAUGAGGAAGAGGAGGAGGUUCACGAGGCAGGAGACGACCUUCUUGAACAGUCUGGGCCACCGGAAAAUUCAAGCCUGAAAGACGAUCACACUGAUAUGGGAGUCACCGAGCCCGGGUCACGUGAUCCAACGCCGAAAGCGUCACAAAUCCUUCUCACUGAUCAACAGACGAAUCGCCAAAUUGACCCAAAACCCCCAGAUCGUGGCUCGACAGAGGAUACAUCUCGGACUUCUAUACCCGAGGCCGAGAGAGAGCCUACAGGCAUCAAUAUUGCAGAAAUAGAGCCUGGCGGUGUUCCACUCGUCGACCUACCAAAUUCCGAUCAGAUGUCUGUCUCAUCAAAUUCGUUUGACUUGAACGGCAUACCCGAGAUUACUAUUCAACCAAGUCUCCGACGCUCUUCUUCUCAGGACUCUCUAAUGUCCAUAUCUGGAAUGGACAUACAUAUCCCUAAACGACCAAGCUCAUCAACGUCUCAGUCAUCAAGCCUAUUGAAAGGCAACAAAGCAUAUUUUGCGCUCUCUCCCUCCGCCAAACGGAAGUUCACUGCUGCACAGCCAUUGACCACGGUGACGGAAUUUACGGCUUCUAGCUCUACGAGAUCUUUCAGUGCAAAUAAUACUGCCUCAGCCGAUGCAGGUGCAGGACCAGAGACGCCGGAAAGGAGCGCGAGCAUGAGUGUGGAAGCUUUGAGUGGACUUGCUGGCUUGCCACCUUCGACAUCACAAGAACCGCAAUCAUCUCCAAGCGGGAUUGGUCGACUCAUCGGUGGUUGGGUCAGCAGUAAAUGGGGCAUUGCACCUACGAAGUCAAGCGGGGACCUAAGAUCUGUGGCAUCGGUAUCGACAUCCUCAUCCACAGAGAGUCAAUGGCAACAACCUUUUCAAUUUCCUGGUGGAAGGCUACCCGGCAUCAAUCAAAAAGGAGCGAUACCCGGGUUUAGGCCACCUCGAAGACUAUCCAGCACUGACGUGCAGGUGAAAAUGGUCGAUGAGGAGGGAUUGAGAGAGAGUUUGGCGGAGUGA